AUGAAUUAUUCAAUAAAAACAAGAAUAUUUCGAGAACUUUUUGAUCACCCAACCGUUGUUGUAGUUGUUGCUGUACUACGUAGUAGUACUAACACUAGUACUAGUAGUACUAGUAGUGGUUGUGCUAGUGGUACUCGUGGUAGUUGUGGUAGUAGUAGUGGUCGUGGUAGUCGUAGUAGUGGUCGUAGUUGUUGUAGUGGUAGUUGUGGAGGUAGUGGUAGUGGUAACAGUAGUCGUGGUUGUCGUCGUUGUCGUUGUUGUUGUAGUUGUUGUUGCUAUCAAAGAUAUAUUUUAAAAUGA